AUGCUUAGUUUUAUAAGACGUUCAAUUGAAGUUGCAAAAGAAGAAGGAACUAAAAUUCUAAGAGCGAAUCCUAUUCCGUGGGAUAAAGAAAUGAAGAUGUUGAAAUUGAAUGAUCAAGAAGAUUUAGGACAGUGGUUAGUUGGUUCUGAUAAAGAUAUUGGUGGUCUAUCAGAGGCAAAAUUAGAAAUUACUCCUGAAAAUAAAGGUAGAUUUCAUGGUUAUGUAUCACUUGAUCUACCACCAAAUUAUAAAUAUGAAAAAAGUGGUUAUGCUGCUAUUAGAUCAAAGGUUCGUGGAGUUACAAUAUUUGGUACGCCAAUGUGGGAUACAACUUUAUUUAGAUAUUUAGCAUUAAGAGUAAAAGGAGAUUAUAAAAAAUAUUAUAUAAACUUGCAAACUGAUGGUCCAGUUCAAACUGAUUUGUUUCAACAUCGCUUAUUCCUAAGAAAACCCGGUGAUUGGGAAACUGUCAUGAUUCCAUUUAGAGAUUUUAUUUUGACAAAUCAUGGAAUAAUACAAGAACCACAGAUAGCAAUGUAUCGUGAAAAGGUUAAAACUGUUGGGAUUAGUAUAUUGGAUCAACACGGUCCUUUUAGUAUAGAAAUCGAUUGGAUUAAAGCAAUGAACACUGACACAACCGAUGGUGAUUUUGAUAUGUUGCCCCGUAAUAGAGAAAAACCUGCAUCUGAAUAA